CAUUGUAACUCCAGGCUCGGACUGAUCCGUGUUUUUAUAUAAAUGCGGUCUUUACGACCUUGAUUAUUUUCAUUUUUAGGGAACGUGACUUCCCUGUAGAAAUGUGUUGUCUAUGUAGUUGUCUUGGCAACAAGGGAGCCUUUUAAACAAACGUGAAGGUACGACAAGCUAACCGACACCUUGAACAACCUCAAGAGGAAAGUGGAAAAGUUGUAUCCUUUAAAUCCCAGACUUCACAACAGUGACAGAGUGGAACCAGAAAUCGGCCCAGGCAUUUCUAACACAUCUGCCAAUUUAUACAAGCCCACUGGGCAAAUGAUAACCAGAACAUGUGGCAUUUGGCCAUAAAGACAAAUGCAGUUCAAGCAGUCUGUUUCUGCCUCACUAGAGCAGGCACUGAUGAAGCCACAUAAUGAACACUAUUCCUGGAAGUUGUCCGCACAAGACCACCUGUUCAGAAGGUCUGGCAGAUGGCGUCCCAGUCCAGGACGAUUCCCAAAGUGUUCACUUUGCACACUGCAGCAAGAGUACAUGUCGUACAUGUCCAAGCGGACCCAGAAGCGUCAGAGUGCCAUCGUCACCCUUAGCGACCAAAACCACCAGGCGCAGGAGAACCUGAAGAGACAGAGGGAGGAGAAUCUGGACAAAUACCAGGAACAGGCCAAUGAGCUGAAGAAGGAGAUUCUGGAGAAGGAGAAUGAACUGGCGCUGUUAAAUAUUGAGAUUGCUGAGCUCCGAGAAUUUAAAAGCUUGCAGCAGCAGCAGCUGGGGCGUAUAGCAGAGCUAGAGAGGGAGGUGACCAGUAUGCACUGUCGUCACUCUGAAUCCCUGCAGGCCCUGAAGGCUGGCUUCCUCAGUGAGAAAGAGAGGUACGAAGCACAGGCCAAACAAAAAAUACAGGCCCUGGCCCUCGCUGCUAAUAGGGAGGCAUCUCGCUGCCUACUGUCCCACACUAGAGCUGUGUCCCUGGAAAACCAGCAUCUGAGGGAAGAGCUGCAGCAGCUGAUCCAGAGAGCCCACUCCCUGAGGGGACUUCAGGACCAGCUCCAGGCCCAGAGGCAGCAGCUCCUACUGGAGAGGGAGUACGUCAGGGAGCUGAGGCGCCUCCGAGCCACCCCGGGGCCGACCCCACCAGGGUCCCACACUCGGCCACUGGGGGUGGACAGUGGGAGAGAAGACACAAGACACCACCGCACAGCAGAUACCUGAGAGAUAAUACAUAUGGAAUCAUGUAGUAACCAAAAAAGUGUUCAAUCAAAAUAUAUGAGAUUCUUCAAAGUAGCCACCCUUUGCCUUGAUGACAGCUUUGCACACUCUCGGCAUUCUCUCAACCAGCAUCAAUAGGUAGUCACCUGGAAUGCAUUUCAAUUAACAGGUGUGCCUUGUUAAAAGUUAAUUUGUGGAAUUUCAUUCCUUAUUGCUUUUGAAGACACGUGUUAAUUAAAAUGCAUUCCAGGUGAAUACCUCAUGAUGCUGGCUGAGAGAAUGCCAAGAGUGCAAAGCUGUCAUCAAGGCAAAGUGUGGCUACUUUGAAUAUAUUUUGAUUUGUUUAACACAUUUUUGGUUACUACAUGAUUCCACAUGUGUUAUUUCAUAGUUUUGAUGUCUUCACUAUUAUUCUGCAAUGUAGAAAAAACCUUUGAAUGAGUAGGUGUGUCCAAACUUUUGACUGGUAAUGUAUAUAGAUAGAUAGAUAUGUGUGUAUGAAGGCAACAUGUAAAUUGUUGGUUCCGUGUUUCAUGAGCUGAAAUAAAAGAUCCCGGAAAUUUCCAUAAGCACAAAA